AUGAUGGCCGGCAAUCAAUACCAUCAACAAUGGCAACAAGACCCUGCGCCGGUGCAGCAACAAUAUCAGUAUGGUCGCCGAGUUGAUCAGAGGCCAUGGCAAGAGACCGGGAGAAGUCAAGGAUCAUACAAUCAGGAAUAUCCACAAUACAAUGAAUAUCCCAAGAGUCGGAAUGGGUAUGGCCAGGGUCCGGUGCCCACGUCGAGCAAUAUUCACGAGCAGAAUUGGCGAUGGGAGGGACAGGGCCAAUACCCUCCGGAUGGCUACCACGACCCAUAUGCCGGAGAUGGGGCCAGGUACCAGCAGGCGCCGGCUCCAGAUCCUCACCACGACCAGGGUCAUUCUUCGAGUCGUGCGUACCAGUAUGAUGACAGAUAUCGCAACAACGGACACCGCAGACCUCCUAUGGAAUCUGAGCACUCGGGAUUCUCGGACCACCAGAAGCCACCACGCCAUCAGAGAUCGGAACCUCCCACGCCUCACAAGAGGGCAAAAGGGCGCGAACGAAUUUUAGCUCAACCCACUUCUCCCAAGAACUUGGCUUGGGACAAUCCGUUCGGCGCGUUUCCUGCAAAGAAGAGCUCGGCCGACAGGGACAGGCGUGCCAGUCUAGACAACGGGCUCAACAAUCUAACUAUCGACGACCGUCGCCAUAGCGGGGAGCAUGACUCACGUCCUCAUACAUCUCACGGUCAGCGUGGACCACGGAAAGAAGUCCCAAGGCCUAGUACUUCUCAUAGUCGACCUCCGGAAAUGGCGCCACCACCAUCCCAGGCCCAUCAGUUUCCUCCAGCUCGAGGUUCCUUGGACACGACUCGUCCACGUCAAUACAUGGGAUCAGACACCGCUCCGCCUCCAUCACAGGACUAUCGUAUGAUGCCUAGACAGAACUCGUCAGAUACGGAUCGUUCCCGUCAAGAUUUUACUGCGGAUAUGCGUCGAGGUCCUUUACCUCAUCAGGAUUAUCAAGCCCCACCGAAGCCAGAGCCCUCAGACAUGAACUAUGCACGGCAAAACGUCCCUUCGAACACAGCUCGAGCUCCAUUACAUGAGUACCAAAGAUCUCCCGGGCGAGGGUCGUCGGCCACGACUCGUCAGCAUCAAAACAUGACUUCGGAAAUGGCUCGGCCUCCGUUGCAAGAUUAUCAAUCAGCACCGGGACGAGGCUCGUCAGAUGCGAGUCGUCAGCGUCCAGAUCUGUCUGCAAACAUGGGUCGACCACCAUUUCAAGACUAUAUUCCAGCCGCGGGGCGAGGCCCGCCAGACCCGACUCGUCGUCAAAAUGCCAGACCACAAGUUAACAGCCCGCCAAUGUUUCGAUCUGAAACGGAUGCACCGCGUGGCCCUCCACCACCGCCUGCAAGCCAAGAUCGAUCUCGGCCCAUGCCAUAUGGAUCCAUGCCCAACCCCCAGUCUCAAGGUGGCAUGGACUUUCCAGGCAGACAAAAUCCUCAACGUCCUCCACCCAAUGAGUAUUACGGUCACGACGAGCGAUACGCUCAGAACUACGUGGGUCCUUCUGCUCCCUAUGAAUCACCUUCUGGACCGCCUCCAUCUAGGCCACCACCUCGAUCUAUAUCCCAGGAGAACUAUGCGAACACCGGGUAUCGAGCUGGGCCGCCCAACAAUGUGCCGCUCAAUAGACCGCGAAGUAAGGAUAUGCCCAACUAUGAUGCCAUUCCUCCUCGAGCGAACGAGAGGCCGGAGGAUCACAUCAUUCCAGGCCAAACGACUUCCUAUGACCCUCAGAUAUAUCGGAGACCCACGUAUCAGGUUUCCCGAGAGUUUCCAGGUCAAGCCGACACCGCUCAGAACAUACCAUCACGGCCCGACCAUCCCACUUCACCUCUUGCCGAGUUUUCGUUUGACUUACCGCCUAAUGUCAAUGCGAGACCAAUGACUCCCAGCAGAUAUGGCGAUUCUACUCCAGUGCCAUCCCGACAGGAAUACGCGGACCGGAGGACUGCUGAGAUGAGACAGCCGCCGGUACGUGGAUACGAGGCUGAAAUGGGCCCAAAGGGACCGAGCUCGCAGUACCCCCCUCGAGCGGCGAGUAGGAAUGGGAUGAAGCCCCCGGUGGGUGUCGCUCCUCCAUUACCCGUCAAUGCUCCCGGGUAUGGGUCCUUUGAUCAGGGUCAACCUCCCGUUCGACCUCAUACGAGCAACGCGCAACAGCCCUCUUUUGGAAGUUACGAUGUGGGCAAUCCCUACGACCAGGAGUAUCCGGAGUAUCCAGCGCCUUCGGCGCCGGCGGUUUCUGGGUCAUAUGAACAAGCAUACAACCGUGCGGCCGGAGCCAAUCAACCAGUCCGACCUCCAUACGGGCAAGGCGCACCUCCACGAAAGGGGUCGGAGGACAACCACAACCCUGGCGGGCUUCGGCCGAGUACUUCGAAUUCCGCCCAUCCAGUUCCUGUCCGCCAUUAUCCGGGUGUCAAUACUAACGGCGGCGGCAGUGCCGGUGCUGGUGCCGGAGGCAACAGCAGUGUUGUCAAUAUUAAUGCCUCCGUCAACCCUGACGCACUACCAGCUCACCCGGAGCCGGUCAGGCCGGGGCUGAAUAAUGGAUAUGCGGCCACUCCACCGCCGGCCCAGGCAGGAUCAGGGCCAAAGCAGGCAACAGCACCUACCCCAGCCCCUGCCAGUGGGAACGCCACUCCCCAGGUCACCGUGCAAGAGCUCACUAAUCUGCGGCAAAUGUAUUCUCAACGCCCGGUGGAUCAUGCGUUGGGACUGAAACUGGCCAAGAGGUUGGUGGAUGGAGCCAAGGUGUUGUCGGAUGAGGGAGGCAAAGCGGAUGCGAAACAGACGCAGAAGAAUCGAGAACGAUAUAUAUUCGACGCGCACAAGCUGGUGAAGAAAUUGGUGGCGGCGAACUACCCGGAAGCCAUGUUUUACUUGGCGGAUUGUCAUGGACAGGGACUCCUGGGAUUGCAGGUGGAUGCCAAAGAAGCGUUCCAUCUGUACCAGUCGGCGGCGAAACUGAAUCAUGCUCCCAGUGCGUACCGGGUUGCGGUGUGCUGCGAAUUGGGGUCAGAGGAAGGCGGUGGCACCCGACGAGAUCCGAUGAAGGCGAUGCAGUGGUACAAACGGGCCGCGACGUUGGGUGACACUCCGGCCAUGUACAAGAUGGGCAUGAUUCUACUGAAAGGAUUGCUCGGCCAGGCGAAGAACCCACGUGAAGGUGUUUCGUGGUUGAAGAGAGCCGCCGAGCGAGCGGACAAGGACAAUCCGCACGCAUUGCACGAGCUGGGUCUGCUGUACGCAUCCGUGACACCUCUGGAUAACAUUGUCCGCGACGAGGAAUAUGCCUUCCAGUUGUUCCAGCAGGCGGCGGAAUUGGGAUACAAGUAUUCACAAUUCCGACUGGGGUCGGCGUUUGAAUAUGGGUUGCUGGGGUGUCCGAUCGAUCCGCGGCAGAGCAUCGCAUGGUAUACUCGGGCCGCGUCUCAAGGGGAACAUCAGUCGGAACUGGCACUGAGCGGAUGGUAUCUGACCGGGUCUGAACCUCUGCUCACGCAGAGCGACACGGAGGCAUACCUGUGGGCCCGCAAAGCGGCGAGUUCGGGCCUGGCCAAGGCGGAGUACGCGAUGGGAUAUUUCAACGAAGUUGGCAUCGGGACCGCGGUAGAUGUGGAGGAGGCGAGGCGAUGGUAUUACCGGGCGGCCGCACAAAACUACGCCAAAGCACGAGAGAGGCUGGAGGAGAUCAAGCGCGGACAGAAAAUGUCCAAGACUCGAGUAUCUCGAUCGAACGUCAAUCGGCAGAGUGAUGGAGAGUGCGUGGUGAUGUGA